AUGGCAGCCAGACUCUGCUACCAUCUCGGGCUUUGCCUUUCGCUUCUUGCAAACCAUGCCUUUGCCACUUCAGAAAAUGGCGGUGGCAACGAGAGCGAUGUUUACGACUACAUAGUUGUAGGGAGUGGGCCUGGGGGCGCUCCCCUUGCGACCAAUCUUGCCAGAGCCGGCUACUCUGUUCUUCUUCUGGAGGCUGGAGACGACCAAAGCGCCGACAUCUCGACUAGCAUCCUCUCCAUUGGCAGGGCCACAGUUGCCAAUCGCUGGGACUUCUUUGUGCGCCAGUAUUCGGAUGACGCUCAGCAACUGAAAAACAACCACCUCACUUGGCGCAGGGCCGAUAGCUCUCUGUGGGUUGGGAACGGCAGUGCUGCCCCUACCGAUGCCACUCCGCUCGGAGUCUAUUAUCCCCGAGGCGCCACCUUAGGCGGCUCUUCGGUCAUCAAUGCGGGCGGUGCCGUCCUGCCUAGCCGCCGAGAUUGGGACCAUAUUGGACAGUUGACCGGCGACGGAAGCUGGAAUGCCGAUGCCUUGCGACGCAUCUUCCAGCGGAUAGAAAACAACCACUACCUUUCCCAAGGAACCCCUGGGCAUGGCUUUGAUGGAUACCUAGAUAUCGUUAGCAAUGAUGUGGGUGAUAACCCUGCCGACGCCGUCGCCAUGGUGGCCCGAGACUUGAACAACGCCAGCCCCAGUCGCGACACUACGCAAGGACUCUUCGGCCUGCCCUUCCACGGCAACGAAACCUGGGGCCGGUUCAGCGCCCGCAACCUCGUCCUCUCGACACUCGGAGCCAAGACGCCCAGCGGCCGGCCCCGCUACCCUCUCACUCUCAAAACCCACAGCCUCGCCACGCGCGUGCUAUUCGACAAGCCUCCCCGCGGAGGCCGCAAGCCCAAGGCCAUCGGCAUUGAGUACCUGGAAGGCCAAGCAGUCUACCGCGCCGAUCCGCGCAAUGACCCCUCCUCCACGGGGACCCUGCGCACCGCACGGGCCCGGCGCGAGGUGAUACUCUCUGCGGGCGUGUUCAACACGCCGCAGCUGCUCCUUCUCAGCGGCAUCGGCCCGCGGGCCCAUCUCCAGCAGCACAAUAUCCCUGUGGUCAGCGACCUGCCCGGCGUGGGCAGCAACCUGCAGGACAACCCGGAGCUGCCCAUCGUGGGGCUGUCACCCAACGGCACCGACGCGUUCGUCACUGCACCGUUGCCCGGCGAUCCGACUUGCACGUACGGCUUCCCGCCGGACGUGCCUGACCCGUGCGUAGACGCUUGGCGCCGCGGAGAGGGGCCCUACACGCGCGCCGGGCCGAACACGAACGCCUUCUUGCUGCGCACGAACCACUCGACCAACGGGGAGGUGGACGUCCUGGUCUUUUCGCUCGCCAACGGCGCGUUCCGCGGCUUCUGGCCCGGCGAUGCCGUCUCCAACAUGCCUCCGGACCCGCCGGGCACGUUUGGCAUGUCGCUGGUCAAGAUGAACGUGCAGAGCGCCGCGGGGACGGUCAAGCUCCGCAGCGCGGACCCCAGGGACACGCCCGUCAUCAACUUUGAGGUGCUGCAUGGCGCCGGAGGGGAGGCGGAUGUGGAGGCCCUGGCGGACGCUGCCGAGUGGGCGAGAGGGGUGUAUGGCCGUGUCGCGGCGCCCGUGGGGCCCAUGGAUACACGGGAACCGCCCUGCUCUGGUCCCUUGGGCGGUGCCUGUCGGGAGACGGAUAAGAACUGGGUGAGGCAGCAGGCGUUUGGGCAUCAUGCUACGAGCACGUGUGCGAUUGGUAAGGAUGGGGAUCCGAUGGCCGUGUUGGAUAGUAAGUUCCGGGUGAGAGGGGUCAGGGGUUUGAGGGUCGUGGAUGGGAGUGCCUUUCCUAGAGUACCGGGGGCGUUUCCGGUGCUGGCGACUUUCUUGAUUAGUGAGAAGGCUUCGGAGGAUGUUUUGGGUGAUGCAAAUAGGGGGGAGGACUAA